CCUUCAUAGAAGACCUCAUGCCAAUACUGUCCAAACUAUUCCACAAAAUUGAAACAGAUGGAGCACUACCGAAUUACUUCUAUGAAGCCACAAUUACUCUUAUACCUAAACCACACAAAGACCCAACAAAGAUAGAGAACUUCAGACCUAUUUCCCUUAUGAAUAUCGAUGCAAAAAUACUCAAUAAAAUUCUUGCAAACCGAAUCCAAGAACACAUCAAGACGAUCAUCCAUCAUGAUCAAGAUCAGUUCGAUAGCUUAGAUAAGCAUACCCAAUGGGGAAUUGACUUCUUGGAAAGAUACGCCAAGUUUGUUAAAGAGAGAAUUGAAAUUGAACAGAACUAUGCGAAACAAUUGAGAAAUUUGGUUAAGAAGUACUGUCCCAAACGCUCGUCCAAAGAUGAAGAGCCAAGGUUUACUUCAUGUAUCGCCUUUUUUAACAUCCUUAAUGAGUUAAACGACUAUGCAGGACAGCGAGAGGUAGUAGCAGAAGAAAUGGCACACAGAGUAUAUGGUGAACUAAUGAGAUAUGCCCAUGACCUGAAAACGGAAAGAAAAAUGCAUCUUCAAGAAGGACGAAAAGCUCAACAAUACCUAGACAUGUGUUGGAAACAGAUGGAUAAUAGUAAAAAGAAAUUUGAAAGAGAAUGUAGAGAGGCUGAGAAAGCACAGCAGAGUUAUGAAAGACUGGAUAAUGAUACAAAUGCAACCAAGGCAGAUGUUGAAAAGGCCAAGCAGCAGCUGAACCUCCGCACGCACAUGGCUGACGAGAAUAAAAACGAAUACGCCGCGCAGCUGCAGAACUUCAACGGGGAGCAGCACAAGCAUUUCUACGUGGUGAUUCCUCAGAUUUACAAGCAACUACAAGAAAUGGAUGAACGAAGGACAAUUAAACUCAGUGAAUGUUACAGAGGGUUUGCAGACUCAGAACGCAAAGUUAUCCCCAUCAUCUCGAAAUGUCUAGAAGGAAUGAUUCUUGCAGCAAAAUCAGUUGAUGAGAGAAGAGACUCUCAAAUGGUAGUAGACUCGUUCAAGUCUGGCUUUGAACCCCCAGGAGACUUUCCAUUUGAAGAUUAUAGUCAGCACAUUUACAGGACCGUUUCUGAUGGGACCAUCAGUGCCUCCAAACAGGAGGGUGGCAAGAUGGAUUCCAAGUCCACAGCAGGGAAGGCCAAGGGCAAACUGUGGCUCUUUGGAAAGAAGCCAAAGCCACAGUCCCCACCCUUAACCCCUACUAGUUUAUUCACAUCCAGUCCUCCUAAUGGGUCCCAGUUUCUCACACUCUCCAUUGAGCCCGUGCAUUAUUGUAUGAAUGAAAUAAAAACAGGGAAGCCCAGAAUUCCUUCUUUCAGAAGCCUCAAAAGAGGGUGGUCGAUGAAGAUGGGCCCAGCACUAGAAGAUUUCAGUCAUUUGCCACCAGAGCAGAGGCGUAAGAAGUUACAGCAACGGAUUGAUGAGCUUAACCGAGGGCUGCAGAAAGAAUCAGACCAAAAAGAAGCACUCAACAAAAUGAAAGAUGUAUAUGAGAAAAAUCCACAAAUGGGGGAUCCAGGAAGUCUGCAGCCUAAAUUAGCAGAGACCAUGAAUAACAUUGACCGCUUACGAAUGGAAAUCCACAAGAAUGAGGCAUGGCUCUCUGAAGUGGAAGGCAAAACAGGUGUGAGAGGAGACAGAAGACACAGCAGUGACAUAAACCAUCUCGUGACACAGGGGCGAGAAAGCCCUGAGGGAAGUUAUACUGAUGAUGCAAACCAAGAAGUUCGUGGGCCACCGCAACAACAUGGUCACCACAGUGAGUUUGAUGACGAGUUUGAAGAUGAUGAUCCCCUGCCUGCUAUUGGACACUGCAAAGCUAUCUACCCUUUUGAUGGGCACAAUGAAGGUACUCUGGCAAUGAAAGAAGGGGAGGUGCUGUACAUUAUUGAGGAGGACAAAGGUGAUGGAUGGACAAGAGCCCGGAGACAGAACGGCGAAGAAGGCUACGUUCCCACAACAUACAUAGAUGUAACUCUAGAGAAAAACAGUAAAGGUGCAGUAACUUAUAUCUAAACUAACCAGGCAGCUUUGUGCCAUGUACACAUAAAAUGACAACACAUUCAACAGGUCAGAAAAACCAAAACGUUAAGGCAUCCUGACGCAUGUUCACUGUGUGAGCUGAGUGCAGGCUUGGUCAGAGAGAGAGAAUUCUGCCACCAGAGACUCUUUGACGCCUUACUGUUCAAGGGAUGCUGGUGUGGAAGCUUAAUCGAUGCCUUUCGCUUUCUGUCCUGCCUAAGUGUGUGUAAAGGAUGUGUGCUUUUCUGCCUUAUAAAUAAUAGAUUUGAUUAUUAGGCAAGAAUCAUAGGUAGAAUGUUCCCUGCCCCCUUCACCUCAGAAACAACAGUGACUGAUGAAUAAAAUAAACAAACCUUCUCUGAGCGCAGAAAGCUGAUCCCCAGGAGCAGCUCAGCCUAGGAGCUUGGGUUUAUAGCUUCAGGUUCCAGGAAGAAAAGUAAUGGUUAGAUAAUUAGGUAAAAUAACAGUCAUUUUCCUUGCUAUUCUUAACUUGGUUUCCUACAGAAAGAAAACGAAUACCUGGUAUAUAAUUUAUUUAAUAUGAGCUCAUCUGGGGUCGCAGGAUAAGUCACCUGGUGGAGCUUGUAUGUGAAUAAAACAGCAUUGAGACCUGGAAAUAUUUUCAGGUUUACUGGUAAUUUUCAAUGUUGUACAAAGUUCAUUCCAAGCUAAGCUCAUGCUUGUACUUCUCACUCGACAGUCUUAGGGACAUUAGUGCUUAUUUAGUUUCUGCGUUACAGCAGAGAUUGGCUCUCACUCAGUAGACGUUAAGGACAGUCUGCAAUGGAGGAAGAAAGGGCUGAUGGUGGUGACUGUUAGAGGAGAAACAGGAAACAGUUUUCUCCUGAGAGGAAGCAAGCUCUCUACCACCAUCGAGGGCUUCACUUUAGCUGGAUCGUUGACUGUCAGAGUAGCUACUUGUCCAGGGUUGCCAAGGGCAUCUGUUGGAAUCAUUGCCCAACCAGGAGCUGUGCAGUGCAGUGCAGCAGUCGUGUGACCACAUCCUCCUUAGUUGAGCGAGGAGACAAAGGGAGGAGGCAGUACCACUGGCCUUUGAUCAGCUUGUUUCGGAGUUCCCUGGUGUUUUUAGUAGCUGGCUAUAAAGUUAUUUUAGGUACAUUUGGGACAGACACUUUAAACUGAAUGCCCCUUUUGGUCUUACCAAAGGUCUUCAGUAAUUGUUUUUUUCUUUUUCCUCCUGGACUGCAGGUUCCUGAAGAGGGUUUCUGAGGAAAUGGGCAAGAUGUUGAAGGAGGUUACAUGCAGCUGCUUGGGGGAGGGUAUUAGACUUGUCAGGCUGAGAGAGAGUGAGAAAAGCAAGUCGCAUGAAUGCAUGCAGAUUGUUUUACUAACGUCAUUAGCAUUUCCAUACAUUAAAAAGUCAUUAUAGUACCAGUCCUUAAAUCCCUAGUUCACAGUUGUUCACGUGGAAGAAGGAAAAGAAAAGCCAGCAAUGGCUGAUCUCUUUUUUCAUUAACUGAUACCAAGUCAGAAAAAAUGCAGAGCUGUCUUAAAGUUUGUCUUAUUUGGGCUGUCCAGUCGGACUGUCUUCAUCGAGCUCUGUUUUGAUUGGCUUUUAGACUCCUUGUCUGUUAGAACCCUUGCCAUUUGUCAGUGUCUGCCUGCACCACCUCUGUGCUUGCUUAACAUCCUGUUGCAUGUCUAGAGUGCUCUGGGCUUAGAGUUUUCAGGCAUGUCUCUGUAUUCCCCUGUUCUUGUCAAAGCUUUUGUUUCGUUUCGCAUUUGUAGCGCAGAUCACUUUGUCAGCCACCUCAGCACUAAUGUCCCAUCUUAGUGUUUGUGUAUGCUGCUAAAACUCCCCACCGCAAACAUUCCAGUUUUCACAUGAAGACAUAGUCUGUGAACCUGAAGUAUUUAUGAUAAGAAAAAGAAAACAUCUCUGCUCUAGCCUGCAGCCCAGUUAAAGACUCUGUGAAAUGUGACACAUCUUCAGCACCUCAGUCUGGGAGAAUCUGGUCAGCACUGAAGUCCUGGCAUAAUAACACCGAAGGGACCGUUGUCAAAAGUCAGCUGCUUCCAUUCAAAUGCUGCCUUAAAAUCGAGUGCCUAAACCUGUCCUUGCCAACACUACCACUACAGUAUCCCACCAAGGGCUUAGUGCAGCUCAGUGCUCGCCUCUAACCGGCACCUCCGCAGCUGUGAUGUAGCCUCGGUCGGUGGCUUCUAGAGCUGCCAUGUGCAGUGGUGCAUCUUCAAUUCACGGAUCAAACUAAGACCUGUCUGAGUCCAUUUUACUUUCAUCAGUGUACUUAGGAGAAGUUGGAUGGACCUUCCCCCUUCACCUUUUACCAGAGUGGUGAUGAUCUCCUUUGAUUGUUUUAAUGGUAGUCUGUUUCCAAGUGACGCUUUUGUUUGAACCAGAUACAAUUUAGUGAAACUUUGUAAUGAUCUCUGUGCACUUUUACUUGUAAAAUGGAAACUUCUGUAUGUUUAUACUUGUAAAUACGAUUGUCUGUCUUAGUGCCCUCAUUGCUCCUGUUGUCCUGCCCCGCAGCAUUCGUGAUUCUGUUAAUGACUUGUAUCUGAACUAAUUUCUUAGUGGUCUUGUAACAGGGAGGUGGGAGGGCUGGGAGGGCGAUUUGUACCACUGAAGCUCUAAUAAUUUGGUUCUUUACUGUUUUGGGGGGAGAAGAACAAUGUGAAGUGUUCUGUGUAUUAUCGGAUUUCAAGCAAUAUUUUAGAAACCGUGUGACUGCUUUAAUAAUUUUUUCCAAUGCUAUUUGAAUCAUGCUAUCAGUUAUACUAAAGCUGAAUGACAAUUGUGUGAACAUUAAUGCCUUCAUAAGAUCAAGUACACCACUGUACGCAGCUGACAUAUAGUAUAUUACCUUCGAGGCUAGUAAACUAUACAGUUUUAGAUAUUAAAUCUCGUUACAGGGUUAUUUAUAUAAUGUGACAUUAUUCUAUACUGACAGACUACAUGGAGUAGUUUUAAAAAGUAGUGCUAUUUUUAUUUCAGAAGUUAGCAAUGAGAAGGAAAUGUGACCUGCCUGUGUUUGUCUUCUGUACAAAGACUGAAGUGCUUAUGUUUUUCUGACUAACAAUGGCAGAGGGCAGAGUUCAAAGCUUCCUUGUAAAGACUGUUCUUUUCGGGCUACUGUGUGUUUUCUAAUGCUGACGUGUGCUUCCAUAGCGGGCAAGUUCCUUCAUGUGGAGUAGUGCGACCUGUUUAUGGGUUGUAACAUUUGAAAAAAGACACCUGUGCUUGCACAGUUUUUAGUCAUUCUUAAAUCAUUCUUAAACUCUGAACAUGUGAGCUGUCUAAAAGAAUCUCUUAAUUUCACAGUAAUUUCCACUUUGUGCACAUAUUGAUUUCUUAAUGGUAAAAAGCCUUGUUUAUGAUAGUGUUCUCUGUUGAGGAUAUUUUCAUGGAAUAAAGCAAUCUUUUCAUGGUCA